AUGAUCAGCUGGACAGCUCAGACCAAAAGACAACUGGCUUAUAGCAUUAGGAAGGGCCCCGGGCAGGAGCUGAGAAAAAGCCUGAAACUGAGCGUAAAUGUACAAAGGAAACAAAAGGAUUGUUCCAGCGAUGAGUAUGACUCUAUUGAGGAAGAUAUACUCUCUGAGCCUGAGCCAGAGGACCCAGCGCUGGUGGGCCAUCCCAGAGACGACCGCCCUCCUUCCAGUGGGGACUUGGUACAGAAGGAUGUUCCCGGCGAACAGGAGACAGAAGGACGCCCUCCCCCGGGCCCAGACACCCUCGUGGUGCUGGAAUUUAACCCGGCUUCCAAAAGUCAUAAAAGGGAAAGGAAUUUGUCUGCGAAGCGGAAGGACAAUGCUGAGGUUUUCAUCCCCACCAAACCUGAGCCAAACCUGACUCCCCACGCUCCUGCCGUGUUCCCAGACCAGGAGAGGAUGUGCUCCAGACCUGGAAGCCGGCGAGAGAGACCCCCGUCUGCAACCCGCAAAACUCUUUUCCAGGCUGAGGACUCAGAGGAAGACGCCUCUGCUGUGCUCCGAGCCAUCCAGGUGGAGAACGCGGCCCUGCAGAGGGUGCUCCUCAGCAGAAAGGCUGAGCAGCCAGCCAGCCCACUGCAGGAUGCAGAGGGACCACCAGCAAGACCAUGGACCAGUCAGCUGAAGAAAGAGGAAGACACCCUUGAGGGACUUCCCAUCACCACGGCGACCACCACUCAGAGGCCGGCCGGGGCAGCAGGGGGAGCCAGAGCCAUCGACCAGGCCAUCGACAGAACUGGACUUCUGGGAAGCAGACAGCAGCAGAAGCUUCUGAAAGUCCCCCAGGCCGUCGAAAGUGACUCUGCCCAUCUCAGCAGGGCGGUUUCAGCAACCAAGGAGCAAGUUUCAGACGCAGAGGACAAACAGAGAAUGAGGGCAGAGGAGAUCAAAGAUGCCAUCUACGUGACCAUGGAGAUCCUGUCCAACUGGGGCAACUCGUGGUGGGUGGGGCUCACAGAAGUCGAGUUCUUUGAUCUGAACGACACGAAGCUGUAUGUGUCGCCCCACGAUGUGGAUAUCCGGAACACAGCCACUCCUGGGGAGCUGGGCCGCCUCGUCAACAGGAACUUAGCUGGCAAGAAAGACUCCUCCCUGUGGACCUGCCCCUUCCACUCACCACUCCAGCUGUUUUUUGUUAUUCGAAAUACAAGGCAGCUGGGGGACUUCGGUCUGGCCAAGAUCAAGGUUCGGAAUUACUGGACGGCUGAUGGCGAUCUUGACAUGGGUGCCAAGGACGUGAAGCUUUACGUCAACAGGAACCUCAUCUUCAGUGGCGAGUUAGACAAAGCAGAUAGGGAGGCCCCGGCGGACCGCAGCAUCCUGGUUGACCAGAAGAACGAGAAGAGCGAGCGACUGGAGAACCCCGUGAACGCUCACCCGGAAGAAAGCAGAGGUGCCCACGAGAUGGCUGGCAACGGGGACAGGGAGCUUGGUCUCGGUUGCUCACAGCCAGCUGAAACAUUAGUGGAUGCAAAGCGCUCUUCUCAAGGAAACAUGUCUGGCGAAAGGAUGAAUUCUACUAAUUGCAGGAGAGACAGUUUGUCCCCGUUAGAGGAAUAUUUGACACUGUCAGCAGCCCCCGCUUCGAUGGGUGACAGGCCCAGUGUUCCUGCCACCUCCCCACCUGUGAGGUGCCCUCCUGUCCAUGAGGAACCCUCUCUCAUCCAACAACUGGAAAACCUCAUGGGCAGAAAAAUCUCUGAGCCACCCGGGAGAACGCCACUGUGGUUACAACCUUCUCCCACCGGGAAGGACGGGAAGCAGGGAGGCGGGAAGCCAAAACCCCUCUGGCUUAGUCCCGAGAAGCCACUGGCCUGGAAGGGCAGGCUCCCGUCAGAAGAUGUCAUCUGUGAGGGUCCCAGAGAGACCGAGGCCGAGGAUAAAGGCCACCGGCGUGAUCCAGGGCGGGGGACCAGCCGGAGUGUCAACACCAAGGAGAGACCCCGGAGGGCAACCCCCAAAGUCUGCAGUGAUGACGUAGACAUCUUUGACGAGCCCCCCAGCAGAGAGCACCCUGCUAGUGGGAGGAGGGGCUCAAGGAAGGAUGCUGGCAGCAGUAGUCAUGGUGAUGACCAGCCAGCCAGCAGAGAAGACACCCAGUCUGCCAGGACGCCGUCACGGUCAAGGUGGCACAGUGAGCAGGAGCACACACUGCACGAGUCGUGGACCUCCCUCAGUGCCUUCGACCACUCCCACCGGGGACGCAUCUCCAACACGGAACUCCCCGGUGACAUCCUGGACGAAUUCCUGCAGCAGAAGAGCAACCGGCAUAGCGACCUGCUGCCCUCCAGGAAGGGGGAGCCACCAGGGCCAUCGAGAGGGCAGGACGGCUGCUCUGGACAGACAGACGCCGAGGGUGACUUCAAAAUCCCCGUCUUGCCUUAUGGACAGCGCUUGGUCAUUGACAUCACAUCUACCUGGGGGGACAGACACUAUGUCGGCCUCAAUGGAAUAGAAAUAUUCAGUUCCAAAGGCGAGCCGGUGCAGAUUUCAAACAUUAAAGCGGACCCCCCCGACAUCAAUAUUUUACCAGCCUAUGGGAAAGACCCCCGCGUGGUGACCAACCUCAUCGACGGGGUGAACAGGACCCAGGACGACAUGCAUGUCUGGCUGGCCCCCUUCACGCCAGGCAGGUCCCACUCUAUCGCCAUCGACUUCACGCACCCUUGCCACGUUGCCCUGAUCAGAAUCUGGAACUACAAUAAAUCUCGGAUACAUUCCUUCCGAGGCGUGAAGGACAUCACCAUGCUGUUAGACGGCCAGUGCAUCUUUGAAGGAGAAAUCGCCAAGGCCUCGGGAACCCUGGCGGGAGCCCCGGAGCACUUUGGAGACACGAUCUUAUUCACGACCGACGAUGACAUUCUCGAGGCCAUAUUCUAUUCUGAUGAGAUGUUUGACGUGGACGUGGGGAGCCUGGCCAGCCUGCAAGACGAGGAGGCGCUGAGGAGGCCCAGCACGGCUGACGGCGAGGGGGACGAGCGGCCCUUCACCCAGGCCGGCCUGGGGGCCGAUGACCCGGUCCCAGAGCUGGAGCUCCCAUCCAGUCCCCUCGUCCCCCAAGUCACCACGCCAGAGCCAGGCAUCUACCACGGAAUCUGCCUUCAGCUGAAUUUCACUGCUUCCUGGGGAGACCUGCACUUCCUUGGGCUCACUGGCCUGGAAGUGGUGGGCAAGGAGGGUCAGGCACUGCCCAUCCGCCGGCACCAGAUCUCCGCCUCCCCCAGAGACUUAAAUGAGCUUCCCGAGUACUCUGACGACUCCCGGACCCUGGACAAGUUAAUUGAUGGCACCAACAUCACCAUGGAGGAUGAGCAUAUGUGGCUGAUCCCCUUCUCGCCGGGGCUAGACCACGUGGUCACAAUCUGCCUCGACAGGGCUGAAAGCAUCGCAGGCCUGCGCUUCUGGAACUACAAUAAAUCUCCCGAGGACACCUAUCGCGGGGCCAAGAUUGUCCACGUCUCCCUGGACAGCCUGUGCGUCUCCCCGCCAGAGGGCUUUCUCAUCCGGAAGGGGCCAGGCAACUGCCACUUUGAUUUUGCUCAAGAAAUCCUCUUCGUGGACUAUCUACAGGCUCGGCAGCCGCCCCAGCCGUCCAGGAGGCUGGACACAAAAAGCCUGGAGUGCCCGAGCAUGGACUACGAGGCGCCGCUGAUGCCCUGCGGCUUCAUUUUCCAGUUUCAGCUUCUCACCAGCUGGGGUGACCCGUAUUACAUUGGUCUCACCGGCCUAGAGCUGUAUGACGAGCGGGGAGAAAAAAUUCCCUUGUCGGAAAACAAUAUCGCUGCCUUCCCUGACAGCGUGAACUCCCUGGAGGGUGUGGGCGGGGACGUCCGCACUCCAGACAAGCUCAUCGACCAAGUGAACGACACCAGUGAUGGCAGGCACAUGUGGCUGGCUCCCAUCCUGCCGGGCCUGGUGAACCGAGUUUAUGUGAUUUUCGAUCUGCCUACCACCGUGUCAAUGAUCAAACUGUGGAAUUAUGCGAAAACACCCCAUCGAGGGGUGAAGGAGUUUGGCCUCUUGGUGGAUGACCUGCUCGUGUAUAACGGAAUCCUGGCCAUGGUGAACCACCUGGUCAGGGGCAUCCUGCCCACAUGUGAGCCCACCGUGCCGUACCACACCAUCCUCUUCACCGAGGACAGGGACAUCUGCCACCAGGAGAGACACACCACCAUCAGUAAUCAGGCCGAGGAUCAGGAUGUCCAGAUGAUGAAUGAAAACCAAAUCAUUGCCAACACGAAACGGAAGCAGAGCGUUGUUGACCCAGCCUUACGCCCCAAAACCUGCAUCAGCGAGAAGGAGGCGGCGAGACGAUGGCGGUGCUGACUGGCGAGAGGGAGAGCUCAUCCUCCCGCGGGGGUGGGCUCCGCCGCCAGCCCCACUUGGCGCCAGUGUCCCUCCCCUCAGUCCCAGGAUCUGGAUGGCAGUGUUGAGGGGAGCCUGCUGGGGAGAGGGGACUCGGGAGGACAGCCCUGGAUGCUAGCAGAGUGACAGAUGGCAGGGCUCGGCGUGGCCAUGGGUAAUCCCCUGCAGUUCCGGGUUGGCCUCAGGGAGCCCGGGACACCUGCUUUCAUGCCUCUGCUGUGAGAUCCAGCAAAGCAGGGCCCGUGACCACUCGGGCCUGGGCUGACGAUGAGCCGGGCCUGUCCUGGGCCAGGACAAUGAGACGAGCUGAGGAGGCUUCCCAUCCAGCCUAAGAGGGCCCGGAGCACGGCUGAGCAGGGCAGUGGGGAGACCAGACCCCACCCCGCAGCUCCAGCAGUCAGGGCAGUGCCCAGGGACACCUGCCUUCAGAAGCCUGAGCAUCAGCGCCAGCACUCCCCUGGCCCCUGCACAUCCGUGUCUCAUUUGGGGACUGGUGGAGCUGGCUGAGAGGUUGGGAUAGUUUCCUGGACUCACGUCCACAAGACCCUCUCAUUCUGUAUAGCUCCCCGUCUCCUCUCAUCAGGCCUGAUAAGGGAUUGGUGAGGCUGCGCGUCCUGCAGAGGGAAGAAAGUCAGCCAGGCCACCCGCCGGCCACCCUGGCAAGAGCUGAGCCCACUCUGGCAGGCCAGGGCACUGUCUCUGUGUUGCUGCCAGGCCAGGAAGAGUGGGCAGGCCGGCUAGUAGGCUGGCAGCUCCAGACCCCAGAGGGCCAGAAGAACCCACCCCAGUGCAGUCUAGACGCAGGCAUGGGGUACGCCAAGGACACCCCCCCUCACCCUUCAGCAAGCCCUUGCUACACUCUCUGCCACAUGUCCCUCCUGGGCUGAUCACAGCCAGGCUUACUGAGGUGGCUGCUUUCUGUCCAUGCCCCUUUGCCCUUGGAGGCAGGCCGUGAGGUGCUCCUCGCCCGGGCCCCCACCCUUUCUCCGUCUUCAGCCACUUCCCAGCAAGUUGGAAAUGUGCCUUGCACCCCCAACCGAGUGCAGCCCAGAACGCAUCUAUUUCCAUCGAUGUAACAAGCUCGGAUCAGGGACCUAAUUGGUUUCCCAGUGGUGGGUAAUUUCUCUUUCCAAAUAUUAAUCCGUUGUUUUUCUGGCGCCCAGCCCGGCCCGCCGCAGUACUGCACUCAAGGUACGUUCCUAUGCAACCCAGGGCCCCAGCAAAUACUUCACGAGCUUAGCAGCCGAGCAGCUAUGCAAAUGCGCUUUUCAUUUGGAGCACGGGGCUGAUGUGAAGAUAAGAAUUGUUUCUCCCGGGGAAAGAUCCAUCAUUUCUCUGGCUUCCAAGCCCCCGGCACCUCUGCUCAGCUCCCAGAUGUGAGGAGCACCUCCCACCGUGGGGGAGUCGGGCUGAUCACACCAGCUCUUGUGACCCAAAGCAGUGUCGCUGCAUUAAAAGGAGUCCCAGCUGCUCCUUCCCAGCUGAGGCAUGGGUACAGGUCAGAUUUGUCAGGGAGAUGGCACUCACACAACCCAGAACCUCGGCCGAUGUUUAUAAUAAUCGUAUGUACUGUGCAAUUUAGGAGGGAAAAAAAAGCUGCAUAGGCGUUAACUCUGAAAUAAAUUUCUAUUUUUCUCCUCUUGCAAAAUUAAUAAAAGAUGUUAUUAAGACUA